AUGGCAGACAUUUCCGCACAGCUUCGCGAGCUGAGCACAUGCGAGAUUUCGGAUGCGCUCAUCAAGAUGGGUGUGCCGAGCGGUGGUCUCGUCCCAGACCUCAAGAUGUACUCGCCUGUUUACGAGGCGGGCGACACUCGAGUCGCUGGCCCUGCAUUCACCGUCGAGAUGGUACCCGUCGGCCACGAGGACAAGAGCAAGCCCGCGCAGCACUUUGUCGAUGCCGCGCCUCCAGGUAGCGUCAUCUUCAUGCAGACCCCACCAGGCGUGCGCUCCGGCUGCUGGGGCGGUCUCAUGAGCACCGCCGCCAAGACAAAGGGCGUUGUCGGCGCCGUCCUCGACGGCGGCUGCCGUGACCUCAACGAGCACCGCGAGCUCGGUUUCCCAGUCUUCGCUCGUGGCCACUCGACGCUGGGUCCGGGCACGUUCACGCGUGUGCGAGCUCUCAACGCGACUCUGACCAUCCACCCUGUCGCCCCCGUCGCGGACCCGCCCUUCCCCUCCGUGACUGUUCGCCCGGGCGACAUUGUGGUCGCUGACCUCGAUGGCGUUGUCGUCGUCCCGCCCGAGAUGGCCGAGGAGGUCCUUAAGCGCGCCAUCCCUGCGCGCGAGGCAGACGAAAAGGUCCGCGCCGACUUGCUGCUUGGCAAGGGCGUUUCAGAGAGCAUGCUCAAGCACCGUGGAAAGGCCCCGUAG